AUGCCUACGGCAAAAUUUCCGAAGGGCCAUGUGGAUGGCCUGAGUGACAGGCUAGCCAAUGAUCCAGUACUCCGUUCCUUGAUUUUGAACCAGGGAACGCUGUUGAAGUGGUCAUGCCCCAAACUUACCGGGGUAGUGGGAGUAAAGUCGCUCCGGAUGAACGCCGACCUCAUGAUUGCUGUUGGCAGUGUGCUUUGUCCCCAGUCAAGUACCCCUUUGGGACUCGUUGUGGGGCCCAUCAAGAAGCAGGUGAAGGCCUUGCGAGCGCAUUUGAAAUUGGAGGCUGAUACCGAAGUGGAUCGCAUCUGCAAGUUCUACAAGGGCUAUUGGCCCUCCGCAACGGCGGAGGAAGAUGCACAUGAUGAUGGUGCUCCUGACGAGGGAGAUCAUAUGGAUGAAGAAGGUGGAGAGGAGGAGGAGGCAGAGGAGGAUGAAUGCAUCGAGGAGAUCACAGAUGGUGCCGGAGAUGAUGACGAUGAUGAUGACGACGAUGCUAUGAAUGACGCUGAGCUGGCUCGCAGGCUCAGUUCCAAUGCCAGGGCAUCCAAGGCUCCAGUGUUGAGUCCCAAAGUAGCCCCAGUUGCUCUUCCAGCCCCAGCGACCCAAGUUGCUGGCACUUGUGACGAGAAGCCUCAGCUUGAGAUGCCAUCGAUGUCUCGUGAAGAACGAAAGCGUCGAAUUGCAGAGCUGAAGAACAAAAUCAAGUUGGCUGCAGAGAAGAAGGAGCAGGUGCUUCCUCUACAUCCUGUCGAAGAGGGCUUUGGGGUCGGGGGCCAUCCUCCUUCGAUCAAAAAGCCUGUGGUUUCGGAAGGGAAGGCACCAAGGCCUCCAGCAACGCCUCAGCAGGCCUUGCCCCUGGUGCCGAAACCUGAUGCCGUGCCGGGUGGCCAGGCUCAUCAGGCCACGGUGGCAGAAUCCACGGCGCAAGUUGUUGCGCCCGACCAGCUUGAAACCCAGAUCCUUGAGGAUGUGUUCGACCUUGAGGUGCCUCUAACCCGGAAGGAGCAGCUGGGCGUGAAGGCAAAGUUUGCGGAGGAUAAACCCAGGGGUCGUGGACGUGGCAGGGGGAGGGGCUCGAUGAAACGGCCUGCGGCUGCUACCGCAGCAAGCAAGCUUGAAAGCAGGGCACCCGAGCAGCCUGAGAGCAGUCUGCCCGAGACCAAGCCGAAGACGAAGCGAGCGAGGACAAAUGAGCCCGAAACCAAGCAAGGGCAGGAGAAGGAUACCAAGGAGCUUCAGCAAAGCAGCAAGCCGCAGACAGAUGACCAGGAAGAUGCCAGCAUCCCCAAAGCCAACAAGGGAAAGACAGAUGACCAGGAAGAUGCAAGCAUCCCCAAAGCCAACAAGGGAAAGCCGGACAGGAAGCCCAAAGCCAAAGCAAAGGCCAAAGCAGAGGCCAACCAGGGAAAGCCAGACAGGAAGCCCAAAGCCAAAGCAAAGGCCAAGUCAAAAAAAGCCGACCCAGACGAAGCCCCGUGCCAGAAACAGACCUUUGCCCGCCGCAACCAACCCCCGACGGAAGUUGGGUUUGCCAAGUGGUCUGGACUUCGCCGCAUCUUCGAAGAGCACGACCACUUCUGGAAGUUCUUCUCGAGCUGGUACCAGGGUCAUAGCUUCGGAAAUGCCCAGACCGAUAUCUAUGCGAACAGGGCCUUGGAGAUCCUUCAUCACUACUUCGGAGAAGCAGAUGUGAAGGAAAACAUGAGGGAUUGA